UAGGGCAUCUGAAUUAUGUAAAUCUCUCUCCAUUGGAAUAUGUAGUUGGGCAUGGGCAUGGGCAUCUGAAUUAUGUAAAUCACAAAGAUGCAUCUUCUAUUUAAAGAGCAAAGGAGGAACGUCUCCCUGUCCCUGUAUUUUCAUUUACUCACUACAGAGACAGAGACAGAGAGUAUGUUUUUGUUUUCAUAGCGAGAAUGGUGGUACUUUGCAACAACAGCAUGGGACUAAACUUGGCAUGGCCCGAGCCUGUGGAGAGAGUACAGAAGCUUGCGGAGAGUGGGAUUACUCAUUUGCCACAAAGGUACAUAAGGCCUCCCCAAGAGAGACCACCCUCCUCUCCCUCUCCCUCUCCCUCUCCCUCUCCUGCAGGUGUCCCAGUUGUGGACUUAUCAGCAGGCAACAGCAUGGAGGUGAUGCACUGUGCAUGCAGGGAAUGGGGUGCGUUCCAGCUCAUAAACCAUGGCAUCCCCCACAUAUUUCUCUCCUCCGCCAUGCAUGCCUCUAGAGGAUUCUUUGACCUCCCCAUGUCCGAGAAGCAGCUCUACGCCAACGAUCCCCUCACCUAUGAAGGUUAUGGCAGCAGGAUGGGCGUGAAGAAGGGCAUUAUUUUGGAUUGGGGUGACUACUUCUUCCACCACCUCCGUCCUCUCUCUCACAGGAAACAACAUAAAUGGCCUGCCAACCCCCCGCACUACAGGAGGACCAUCGAAGAAUACUGCAGCGGGGUGUUUGAGUUGUGCAAGGAGCUGCUAUCCAUGUUCUCUGAGGACUUGGGACUUCCCAAAUCGCGCCUAGUCGAAACGUUUGGGGGAGAGGAGCAGAUUGGGCUCUGUUACAGGAUGAAUUAUUAUCCAGAGUGUCCACAACCAGAGCUCACCCUCGGGCUGUCCCCCCAUACCGACCCCGGAUGCUUCACAGUGAUCUUUCAGGAUGACGAUGUAUGCGGGUUGCAGGUGAAGAAGGACGAUGUUUGGGUUUCAGUUCCUCCCAUUCCAAAAGCCCUUGUCAUCAUCUUGGCUGAUCAGCUAGAGGUGAUAUCAAAUGGGAUAUACACUAGCGCGGAGCACAGGACAACAGUGAACAAGGAGAGGGAGAGGAUGUCUCUGGUCGUAUUCUGUAACCCGGAUGGAGAGAUGAAGAUUGGGCCGGUUCAGGAGGUGGUCGCAGCAGGAGGAGGGAAAGCAUUGUACGAGGAGAUGAGUUUUAACCAGUAUAGACAGUUAAUCAGGACCGUUGGCAUCAAAGGCAAGACCUUCCUAAAUUCCAGGAAGGGAAGUUAGCAGCAGCAGCAUCUCUAUCUGCAACGGCAUCUGCAUCUUACUUAGAGUAAUCCUUGCCGUCCACAUCAAUAACCAUAAAUGUAAAUAAAUAAUUCAAACCCCUCAGAAUUGAUGUCACCUAAUUAGGAAUGGAAGCGUGCUCUUUUUCUA